CUCACCGCAGCGGUGUCGUGCACUCGCCAGAGACCAUGGCUUCGUCUUCAUCGAGCCAAGAGGACGAUUUCUCCUGCUGCAUCUGUCUGCAAUUGUUUGACGUCCCUGUGAGUCUAGCCUGCGGCCACAACUUUUGUAAGAAAUGUGUGGAGAGAGCCUGGGGUGUAGAGGCGGCGCACGUCCGCUUCACCUGCCCUCAGUGCCGCAGGCGCUACGCCCAGAAGCCAGAGCUCAGCAAGAACGUGUUCAUAGCCGGCUUGGUGGAGAAGUUUAAGGGCUCGCUGAGAAGCCAAUGCAGUAAUCACAAGGAGCCCAUGAGGUAUUACUGCCAGAAACACGCGCGUCUGGUCUGCGCGACCUGCAUGCAUGUGGGAGGACACAAAGGCUGCGAUGCCAUCUCCGUGGAGGAGCAGCAAAGGAAGAGGAAGGAGACAAUUGCAGGAGAGAAAACAAGAAUGGAAAAGGAGAAGACUACGGAAGAAAGUGCCGUCACUUCUCUGAGGAAGUCAGUCAAAUCUUUUCAGGACUUGACUGAAAAUGUCAAGGAUCGGAUCAGGGAGAGCUUCGCCCUUGAGAAGCGACUGCUGGAUGAGGAGGAGCAGGAGGCCCUGCGGGGAGUGCAGGAGAAGAGCUGCCAGAAGCUGUCGCGGAUCCAGAAUAAAAUUGAGACGCACGUGAAGAAGAUAGAGACCCUCACCCAAGACAUUGGCAACCUAGAGAAGAUGAUGGCACUGCAGGAUCCCAUCGACUUCUUAAAGGAUGAUCAGGAACGUAAUGCGAGCUUGAGGUCCCUGAAGAUUGUAAGGAGUUUCUUUGAAAUGUCAAGCGACGAUGACCCAAGCCACUCUCUUCAGGCAACCGCUGGAAAAUAUCUGCUUCUUCGGCUCUCAAAGUCGCAAGGCCGUGGAGGGAGACGAGGUUGGAGGAGCUCCAGCACCUCCGUGGUCUUAGCGAUGCCCUCAGUCGAAAUGUCUGGUGAGCUUCCUUUGAGAUGGGGAACCUGAGACUAUAUCCUGGUCUCGUGAGUUCUCUCCCGGCUAAAAGCACUAAUGUUAAAGGGAUAAGAAAUGGGGAAGACUAAAUAUUUUGUUUGUAAAGAUGUGUUCGUGACCACGAAGCGUGACAAUUGAAUCGCUGCGAGUGCGGUCUGGUUGGCUCAGAGCCAUGCAUCGCUCUCAUUGGCUCUCAGCUGACCAAUGGGACAAGCGGCCAGCUGGUAACAAUUUGAACCUCACGGCUGCCCAGGUUGGACUGUACGCGUCGGCUCUAUCAAUGUAAUGAAUUAUGAGUAGUUACUAAUUCAUUAACGAUUAAUUAACAUACAUUAUGAAUUAAAGUUAAUUAAUGCUUAUUAAUUCCUAAGGUGGACCGUUAGUUGGAGCGGGGUACACGCCACAUUUUAAUCACACGGCGAUCUGACCACAAAAGUAAAUUAUGAAUCAAGAUUAGAAAGUCUAUAAUCCAUACGUAGUCUAGAGUUGGGUGCGUAUGAACGAUGUAGUUUAUAAGUGCUAAGAACCUCCGACGUAGUGUGUUGAACAAGAGGAAGGUAAAACCGUUGUCGUUAACAGUUUAAGUUGGGUGUUCACAAUUCUUGACGAGGAACAGCUCCAGCGUAGCUGCACACACUUCGUCUUCGUCCCAGGCAAGCGCGCCUCCUGUCGGAGACGCUCCGCCUUCAUAGCUGCCACCCCGCCAUUAAUUAGCCACCACGUGCCCGUCUCUAGCUGCAGUGCCUUCCCAUCAAUCAUCCUGUAACCACGUGUCUUGUGUCUCGUUAACCACGUGUCUUGUGUCUCGUUAACCACGUGUCUUGUCUCUCGUUAACCACGUGUCUUGUGUCUCGUUAACCACGUGUCUUUUCUCUCGUUAUCCACGUGCUCUUUGCUGCUACAGUGCCCUAUCAUUCAUUAUCUCUCCACCACCUGUUCUAUUUCAAAUUUCUCUCAGCAGCUGUGUUUAUUCUAUUUUGUAAAUAUUUGGUAGCUCCAUAUAACGUUUGUUCUCUAUUUAGUUCCCUACAUAAGUAACGAUGUAAAGUCGAGUGAUCUUAUUGAUAUAAUCUAAUGGUAAUAAACGUGUGUAGAGUUAGGCCACUGGUGAUCUGACCCCAUUAUAAAUCAAUAUAAUAAUGACUAAAAUCCAUACAUAGUUAAGGUUGGAUGCAUACAUAAUGUAGUUUAUAAGUAACCAUUUGAAGUCGAGUGAUGUUAUUGAUAUAAUCUGAUGUGACUAAACGUGCUUUGGGUUAGGCCAGUGGCGAUCUGACCCCAAACGUCAAUUCGAAUCAAUAUAAUGAUCACUAGAAUCUAUACAUAGUCUAAGGUGGUAUGGGUAUAUAUCCUAUAGUUUAUAAGUGAUGAUUUAAAGUCGAGUGAUGUUAUUGAUAUAAUCUGAUGUUACAAAACGUGUGCAGGGAUAGGGCAGUCGUGGUCUGACUCCAAAAUUGUAUUAUGAAUCAAGAUAAUGAUAACUACAGGGUGUUUUAAAAUGGACCCGAUUUCAAAGCAGUAUAUUUCACGAUGGCAACAUCCUACAAUUGCACAAAAAGGUACAAACGGUUUAAUAAGGUAUCAAGUUUUAUUAACCAUUUAAUAAAUGCUCUAUGUGCCCACCACCUGCUGUACUGACAACAUCGAGACGAUAGUUGAAUUCGUCCCAAACGCCUCUCGAAGUGUCUUCUUCCACUGAAGUCAGCGCUGCCGUCAUUCUGUUUUUGAGGUCAUCCAGUCUAGUCGCUAAUGGUAGCACAAAAACACCACGGUCUAUGACGUAUCCCCACAACAAAAAGUCGCAGGGUGUGGUGAUGUCUGGGGAUCUUGGGGGCCAAGAGUGUAGCGCCAAGUCUUGGCGUCCCGUGCGACCUAUCCAACGUUGAGGCAGUGUGUCUUGCGAAUGACUGAGGCGAGCGCCUGUUUGUGCGCUGCGAGAGGUAUCUCGUGUUAAUCAUUUGAAACUAUAUGCCCCGCUCUUUUGGUUGCAGAGAUAUAGCGAUUUCAAAUCGGGUCCAUCUUUUUAAACACCCUCCACACAUAGCUUACGGUUGUGUGCAUCUAUACUGUGGUUUAUAAGUAAUGAUUUCAAGUCGAGUGAUGUGAUUGACAUAAUCUAAACGUGUGUAGGGAUAUAACGAUAAUUCACACAAAGCCUAAGGUUGGGUGCGUAUACACUGUAAUUUAUAAGUAACGAUUUUAAGUCGUCAUGUUAUUGAUAUAAUCUGAUGUUACUAAACGCGUGUCGGGAUAGGCCUGGCUGUGAUCAAUGCGUGGAUCUCAGGACAAAUCAGAACUCCUUUCUGACAUCGGUGAUUCUCGUCACAUCCGAUGGGAGAUGUUAACUACGUCGCCUGGUAUACAGGAGCGCGUGGGUUCGAUCCCAACCUUGACGCCUGCUGUAUAUUUGUUGUCUCUCUUCCCGUCGUCACGUGAAUUUUUCUCCGAGUUCUCUGGGUUUUCCCUCCACAUUUAGAAUCGACAUCACGUGUUUAGAGCAUUUGGCUGCUUUAAAUCUCCACGUGAUAAGCCACUUCGUUGAGCUAUCAUUUGUGGCCAGGUCGCUUCUGCAAAAGAGCUACAUAGCUCAGUGUGAUUUACCUGGUAAUAAAAAUAGUGUAAAGUUUUAAAAGUAGUUUAAAGUAGUUUUUAUAGUUUACAUAAAAAUCACAUACUUAAGAUUAAUUCAUUGAAACCAUAGUAGCUUCUACCACUAGAUGGCGAUAUUGCUUGUUGUGUCUCGAGCAGCGUUCUUCAUUGCAAGGCCCCCGUGGUCCACUGGCGGCCCCUGGUGGCCUCUAGUGUAGCCGCUAACAAGACAGAGUGAGAACACCGCGCCAUCAUCAUCGUGCUGCUGUCAAACCAAACCCAAUGGUUUCAAAUGGUGUGACGGCCCUCACACUACCGACGAUGUCUUAUCGGGGAAAGUGGCAAUGCUGGCCUAGAGGGUAUUGCAGGGUUAUAUCCACCCGAGUUAAUUGUCGAUGAGAGCGGAUCGCUGAUUCCUCCGUUGAGAUCCACCACAGAAUAGAUCCAGUUGCUGGGUAUUUUGACUACUGCUGGCUUAUGCCAUGGAUAUGCAUCAGUGUGACCAUGGGUAUGUAUCAAUGUGUCCAUGGGUAUGUAUCAACGUGUCCAUGGGUAUGUAUCAAUGUGACCAUGGGUAUGUUUCAAUGUGACCAUGGGUAUGUAUCAAUGUGUCCAUGGGUAUGUAUCAAUGUGACCAUGUGUAUGUAUCAAUGUGUCCAUGGGGCUGUAUCCGUGUGGCCAUGGGUAUGUAUCAAGGUGUCCAUGGGUAUGUAUCAGUGACAAUGGGUAUGUAUCAAUGUGACCAUGGGUAUGUAUCAGCGUGGCCAUGGGUAUGUAUCAACGUGGCCAUGGGGGGGGGGGUGUUGUUUUUACUUCUUAACUUUGAUAUGAUUUAGAAAAAAACAUAAUAAAAAAAUCAUUUCCGGCACACAGCCACACGUCGAGGGAUGUCGCUGCAGAGUCGUUCGUGAGUCGAUACGCGCGCGCGGUUCACCUGGUGAGCAAACGGAGCCGGUGAUCAAUCAAUCACGCGCUAGUGUGUGUGUGCGUGUGUGUGCGUAUGUGUGUGUGUGCGCGUGUGUGUGUGGGCACGCGCGUGUGUGUGUGCAUGUGUGUGCGUGCGUGUGCAUGCGCGUGUGUGCGUGUGUGCGCGUGUGGAAUUCGCUGCACGCAUGCUGCUCCUGAUGAACACGAUACACGCGUGUGGCUGACCAGGAAUCGUUUGGGGAUGGAACCUGUGUGUUUGAUUCGCGUAAU